AUUACUAUAAUUAACAAUAUACCUUUCUUCAUCCCAAUCUUCCCGUUGCCCUUUACAACUCUUGUUGAUCCUUCGUCUCCAUUAUAACAGAGGAGAAUGCACUGUAUUUUGUGAAGAGACUCGGGGAGAGGAGAGUAGAGAAGAGGAGCAAUGGAUGGUUGCAAUGUUGAACAGCUGAGCAUAAUGGAUGAGGAAGAGCAGCAGGAAGAAGAAGAAAUAAAAAUUGAGGUAAGACCACUUACUAAUACCAAUGAGGAGGUCUGUAUGGAUUCAUCAAUUUGGAGCAAUCUACCCUCUGAUAUAUUCGAAAGAGUAGUGGCCCAUAUGCCAGUUGUAUGCCUUUCCAAACUUAGGACGGUAUGCACAAAAUUGAACCAAACCAUUUCAUCAAAGAAUUUUCUGAAUGCCCAAGCGGAUCUGCCGUGUAGAGAAAUAUGGAUUGCUCUGUUUGAAACGGACUCAUGUUCCCAAUUCUGUGCAUACGACCCCAAUGUCAAUAGAUGGUACCGAAUCCCUCUCACAUUCCUUCCCUGGCAAGUCAAGGGACUCGCUUCUGCAGGUGGGUUGCUGUGUUGUAGGGGAGAGAUCGAUGGGUUCUUGUGCAUUGUAGUUUGCAAUCCCAUAACAAAGGAUUGGACGGUGCUUCCCCCCAUGAUCAAAAGGAGGCUUGUCCCCUUUAUGGCUAUCCAAGUAUUAGCGGACCAAACAGAGAAAGGAUUUAAGGUAAUAGUUGCAGGGGAUGAUGUGCAGCCUGAUGGCCACACUGUCAAGGAUUUGAGCUGUGAAGUUUUCGAUUCCAGGACCGAUCUAUGGAGCCUCAGUGGGCCCAUCCCUCCAAACACCGACCUUGAAUUGGGUUCUGCAACCUGUAAUGGCAAUUUGUAUUUGUUGAGUUAUAACCCUCCUGGUGCCUUUUCUUUCAAUUUACAGGAAGGGGUGUGGACUAAACUGCAGGCCCCCAUGCCCAGAAACCUCACUAUGCCUGUCCUUGUGGAGUGUUCGGGAAGGCUUUUUAUGGUAGGGCGUGUUGUCAAGAGAAAUCCGAUUGGGAGCGUCAGAGUUUGGGAGCUAUCUGAAAAUGCCAUGGCCUGGAAAGAAUUUAUCAGAAUGAAGGACGAGGUUUUCAAGGAAUUGUACACAGAUAAGGGUGGUGAAUUGUAUUUCACUGCAGUUGGUCAUGGGAAUUUCAUUUACUUUUCCAUUUACCAAAGCACCCAAAUGCUUGCCGUAGAUAUACGCUCUAGAUUGUGGUUUUGUUUGCCACGUUAUCCAGCAACUGGAGCAUCUCAAGGUAAACAGUUUUUGUGUUACCCAUUUACCCCAAAUUUGUACGCAUCUGUUUCUAGAAACGAGUCUUCGGAUAUUACCACUCCCUUAUUAGCUGCUCAUGCUUUAUCUGGAGCCACCAACUCUUGGGAUCAGACCUAGGGACCCUGUCACAGAUCUAUGGAAUAAGUUUCAUAAUUCGUAAGAUAAACUUUUCCUGCAAAAGUUGGCCUGGAGUUUGGAUAUUGCUCAUUAAGUUUUGCGGUUCUGUUUAUUCAGGAGCCUGAGAGUAUCAGUGUCUUUCUUAUUUACUCUGUUUUCAGUCUGAUCACUGUAAUUGCCUUUUCUUUAAAAUAUGUAUAUGAUUUUCCUAAGAAUACAAGAUGAGUUUUCAAUUGUAUUUGUGUCUUUCACAAAUAUGAUUUUUUUUAAUUGUAAGAAGGUUGAGAUCCUCCAAAUUUCAAGAAUAGAAAUCUUAAUGUCAACUAUGAAGCUCUUAUCAUUCUGUGAUUUAUUUGUAAUUUUCCUAGUUAAUAAACGAA